GUCCCGGUGCAUAUAGUUGGGGAACCGGGCCAUGGAAAGAGUGGACACAAAUGGAUAAGAUCUCCAGGGCUGGAACUGUUCAAAUGCAGAGUCCUCACCACCAUUCACCAAUGCGAAAAUAUGGUGUCGAUCCUGGCCUUCCAUAUCGCCUUUCCGAGGAUAACGAUGCUUUACUGCAGCCUGGACAUGUGAACUUGUUGGUUGGUUCCUGGCGGUCGAGAUUUGGGUUGCAAGAAAUGUCGGUCUUCAGCUCAUCCAUCAAUGGGCUGACUUUCAUCAAUUUCUUAUCCAGCGACUGGACAGACAAGAUGCUGACAACGGCGCUCCAUGUGACCUGCGGCAACGAGUGGUCAAUCGGCCCUUGUCUCGCACAUCUGGCAUACAGUCACGAAGUCAUUGUUGGGGCGAUCGACGCAUCAGGGUCCGCAAUGGCCAAUACGUGGGACGAUAAUAUCGGUUCAGUGCGACGGCCGCAUUUAGUCGAUGCCAUGACUGGUGUGCUUGUUUCCCAUCGUGCUUGCAGCGUUUGGGGCACGACUCGAGUGCAUCUAUUAGUAACGUCAAGCGAUGCCACUGUCCAAACCUUUAUUCGAACCACGCAAGACGCAUUCCUCAUCAUCGCAAGGCUGCCGGAUUCUAUUGGAGUCAAGCAGGCUUUAUGCGGUUACAUGACAGAAGUGCAUCGAACUGUAGACGUGCACGUUGAUGAAAUGUCUUGGGAAGGAUGGAGCUCGCGGCCCCUUCCUUCGAGGACCUUCGGCUCUUGCGGAGACUUGGUGUGUGUACAAUACUCAUCAGGACGAAGAACGUUCGGAUCGUCCAAGGUGGGCGGUUUCGCGAAUGCGAUGGAAUCAAACCCAAGUCCAAUUCCGGCAGUCUUGUUGUAACAUCUCCAAGGUGCGGGCAUGCAAUGGGCUAAGGGUUGUACUAACCGCUCUGACCCCCUUGUGCAACAAAUUUCCACCAAAAUAGGAUAACGUGAAUGUACACCGAGCUGGCCAUGACACCGAGCUG